ACACACACUCACACACAAGCAGAGGCUGCAAUUCAAGGAGAGACUGAAAUUUCCUCAGUGUCCUUAUUUUCAAGAGGGAAGGAGGCAAGAAAGACUCCAUGGAAUGGGAAGGCUGAUCUGGCAGGAAGCAGAGGCAUCUCUAAUGGAAUAAGGCAACAAUUUUUUUUAAAAAAAAAUCUUCUGCUCAGAGUUGUCCUGGAAGACCUUUAGCCUGGGAAAGAAGACCGAGCUUCAAGGACAGCAUUACAUUCUUUCUCCUAACCCUUAUUAUUUAAAAAAUGAUUGUUCUUGGCAUACACCUUCCAGCUUAGUUUUUCAAGUUAGGCACAACAUGGAUUUAUGUACCUAUUUCAGUGGCUCUAGUUCUGGAGGGCGGAAUCUGCUCCUAAAGUGAAAGAUAAUGGCUAGCCAUCUUCCCAGACAAGUAAAAUUUUGGACUGCUAAGAGGCUCCUCACCUCAAGCCUUAGUUUCUCCUGACCUUUCCAAAAAAGACUCACUUGAUCCAGUUUAGCAGCAGCUUAUCGAGAGGAACCUCUUCAAACAUUAGCUUUCUGGGAAACAGAAAAGGGAACAGUCAAAGACAGCUGUUUCACUUAUUUUACUAAUACCUGAAUGAUUCCAGGAGACGUUCCUUCUAGUCUGGUAGAACUGCAGAUAGAAUUACUGAGACUGCAAAAAGCAGUGACCUGAUUAUAUUUUUCUAGUGCAAUGAGAAACUUCUGCAAGGCAUCAGCAAAUUAUGUCUUCAGCGCACCGACACGAAAUAAAACACACUAAAAUAGGAGCACAUUUUAUCUUAAUUCAAGAUCCAGAAAUCUAGUAAUCAGCAGAUGCUGGAUAAAAGUUAUCAGCUUUGUUUACAUAUUUUUAUUAUAAUCUUUUAACUUCUCCAUAUGCAUGUAUGCAGGUAGAUUACACUCUUCAACUUCCUACAGAAAAAAAAAAUUAUUCUGGAAGCUAAACAAGCUACCAAAACUUGUCAGCUUCUCGCUUAGUUAGAACUAUUUUAUGGUCCUAUAAGUGCCUCAAGAUCUGACAAACUUGGGUUCAAUGUUCCUCGUUUCUCCAGCCAUAAUGUAGCAGUUUUUUGUCAGUGAUUCCUAUUGGCUGGAUUGUGUCUCCACCCAUUACUGCCCCUUCUUGAUUGGCCUCUCUUUGCCAUGUAGCUUUCACCUUGCCAAAAUGAGUGCAAACUGUGUCCAGCUGGGAGGAGAGCAGUUUGUACCCCAUUGCUCUCCUGCCAUGAUAUUAAGCCCUUUCCUUGUAGCAGUGGUAGUAGUCUUUGCCAGUGCUGUCACUGGUUGCCCAGUUCUGUGCACAUGCCGCAGCCAGGCCGUGGAUUGCAGUGGACUACGAUUGUUUUCAGUCCCACCAGAUCUUCCAUUGGACACCAGAAACCUAAGCUUGGCUCACAACCACCUCACAAGCAUCCCUCCUGGAUACCUUACCUGCUACUUGGAAUUGAGAGUAUUGGAUUUGCAGAACAACUCCCUUGUUGAACUACCAGUUGGACUCUUUUUGACAUCUAAGCACCUUUCGCAUUUGGACUUGAGCUACAAUAACUUGACUCAGGUGGUGGCUGAUAUGUUUCAGGAAGCCUACAGCCUGGUAUAUAUUGACUUAAGCCACAACCCUUGGCUGAAGAAGAUAGACCCCCAAGCUUUCCGAGGCUUGGUCCAACUACGUGCACUUGAUCUCAGCUAUGGGGCUCUGUCUUUCCUUAGCCUUGAAGCCUUAGAAGGUCUCACCGGCCUGAUGACUCUUCAACUUGGAGGCAAUCCCUGGAUAUGCAGUUGUACCAUGGAACCACUGCUGAAGUGGCUGAGAAAUAGGAUCCAGAGAUGUAUGUCAGAUACCCAACUGGCAGAGUGCCGGGAGCCACCCGAAAUGGAGGGUGCUUCUUUGGUCUCCCUGACAGAGGAGAGCUUCAAGGCUUGCCACUUGACCUUGAGCCUGGAUGAUUAUCUCUUCAUUGCCUUUGUGGGCUUUGUGGUUUCCAUUGCUUCUGUUGCUACCAACUUCCUGCUGGGCAUCACUGCCAAUUGCUGCCACCGUUGGAGCAAGGUAUAGGACCAAACAAGAUACUGAAUGCUGCUAUUGGGGGAGAGGAGCUUGGGAGACAGAAAGGAUAGUAAAAUCCCAUUGCUCUCAAUUACUCCCACUAAAAUCAAGAAGGUGGUGAGUGAAGUUGUCAUUCAAAGGACACCAGUCCUUUCCUUCUUCUUUUAUGUACUUCAGGUUUUUUACCCUGGUCAUUUCAUAGUGAGAUCUACCAGGUGAGACCCAUGAAGAUCUGAGAUCUCACAUAAAGAGCGAACUCUGCCAUUAGUCAAAACGAAGCAGCUUGCAUCUGGCAGAAAAUAAAAUUGUUAAUCAUUUAGAUGUGUUGCUGUUGCUAUUGCUGAUAAGGAACCAUUGCAGUUUUCAUCCCCAGGUGCCAAAUUGUUCCAGACAUGAUCAUCCAUUCAGGAAACCUACAAAUAAAGAUAUUCAAAAAUCACAUCUUGACACUGAUCUCAUCACAGAGUAACUUGGGGGUGAGGGGAAUAUAACACUGUGAUAAAAGGAUUGGACAGAAGAAAGACUAAUUGUCAAGCAGCUCUAAAUGUUUGUUUUUAUGAGGCUUUCAGAAAUACCUGGAAACCAGUUGGUACAGGGCUAAAUUAUAUAGAUGUUCAUUUGUAAGAUAAAAUUAUGUCGUGUGAAUUGUUCUCAAGCUCUGUGUAACUUGCCUGUGUCAACCUAUCAUGAAUUGCACAAAGAAAUGUUCAGGUUAUAUUUAAGGAUCCCAGUCGCAGAGCAAUCUGUACCUGUGUUGAAUUUUCUAUUCUAAUUAUCAAGCAAAUAGAGAUGGAAGAAAAAGAAACAUCAUUAUUUAACUUCUAAUAACAGUUUCCAGUAUUCUCAGUACUGAACACAGUACAUAUCUACUGGCUGAUGAGAAAAACAUCAUUUUAUGUCUUGUAAUUUUACUUAAUUGUGGUAAAAAAAAGUAGAUUCCACCACUCCUUGAGCUUGCUUGAUUUCUGUCCAAGCUAAUCUAAAAUUGUUCAAAUAACGAGCAUCAAGGUGCCUUUCAGUUUGUAAUUUCAUCUUCACAGAGGUUGGGGGGGGGGAUGAUCUAAAAAGUAUUUUUAGAAGUCCAGCUGGUGAUAAGAAAGUCAUAUGAUUAUUUAUGGUAUGUUAACCUGCAAUUCUCUGACAUUUGCAGCUGGCAAAACUGGUAAAAAUGAGUUGAAUAAGGUAGAAUGAAAAGUGGGUUAUGAAUUCUUAUGCAGAACUUUCAUUGAAUAUGAAAGUUAACACACACUGAACUCUUCCCCUCAAAUUCCAACUGUGUUAAUUGAAUUAAUUCUAGAGAAAUCAAUGUCAGUCACCAUCUUCUACAACUCAACUCUUGUGGGAUAGUUCUACAGUCCACACUUCCUCAACCUGGACAUUCUCAUAGAGGCAGACUGUAAGAAAACAUAAUAAUUGCCAUGCUUUUAAGGAAUUCUUGAAACAGACAUCCACACAUCUAAAGAGCACCCAGCUUAUAGAAGCUUAGCAUAAAUUAUGAGCUGUUUCAGUUGGAAUAGCCAUAGCUCUGAGAAUCUUUUAGAAAGAACAUGUUAAUAACCUAAUCCCAGUGAAUGGGAUGUAUUUCUCAUACAUCUGCUUCUUAAAGGCAGCCAUAUUAUCUCGCAUUGCAAUUAUGAUUCUGAAAAUAAAAAGUGAUUUUUACAGAAAAUCACCAAGAAAAUGAAUUAUGCUUGUUCUUCCCAUACUGCUUUUUUUCAUUACACAUUGCAUAUGUUUUCAAGAGUUGGUAUCAUGUAGGCAAUAAUAUCUCUUUCCAAUGUCCACAUAGCAACAUUUGAACAUGAAUCUUGUGGCUGAAUGUAACAUAAAAAUUUCACCUUGUGUGCCCUUGGCAAACUAACUCAUAUGAUGUGAAGAUUCUUUUUCAAGUAAGCCCAUGUUAUUUAUGAAAUUAUGGAGCCUACAUACAGUGCAGGUAUAUCAAGCACAAGAGUAUAUUAUUGAAUCUGAAUAAUUUGAGCGUAAACUGUAGUCAAGGUGCCCCAACCAGAAUUCAGCAAUAAAUUACAGAUCUCAACGCUAAACUUGUUUCAUACAGACUGCAGAAAAAAGAAUCUUUACUGCAAACAAAAAUGAAGACAAAUGAACAGUUGAUUGCCUACUACCAGUGAAAAGUCCAAGUGUUUCUUAACAUGUUCAAACCCACAGCUUUUUUUAACCACCAUUCCUGUAUAGCUAGCAAUAGCACUUACACUUAUACACCACUUCACAGUGCUUUCCAACCCUCU